CGAGGAGCGGUGUGAUCGGGUCGUGUUUCUGAGAUAUUCUCUCAACCAUUAGCAGGCGAGCAGAGCCCUUAACGCAGAAAGGUGAAAUCCUGUAGAAACACGAACGAGAGGCAGUCAGACACAAAGGCUGGAUAAAUCAGAGUGACGGACAGAGAAUGUUCCACCUGCUAUUCUGCCUUCCACACCUCCUUGCCAAUCCGGGUUUUAGCUUGACCACAAAGGUGCCCCUGAACACGGCAGAAGUCGUAAAUUCUCCUGUCGUGAAGCUCGGUGCCAGCACCAAACCCCCACCGUCCACCCCUUUCGAUGCACAAGGGGCACUUGCGGCGGGUUUGAUGGUGCCCACCGGCAUGGAUGCCCAAUCACAACAUCUCAGCGGACAAACAGGAAGAGGUGUUCAUGACAGCCGAGCCACCUCAGUUCAGAUGUCCACUGUCAGAGCACAGGUGAACAAAACAAGCCGGAUACGAGGCGAGGCGGUGGGCCGGGGCCUCAGCCAUGUAAGCACAUACGCAGACACAUCCAAGGUGUCUGAUAGCAACAAGACAUUCACCACAUCCGUCUACCCUGAUGCACCCGGGCUGAUCAUCAACAAGACAAACAAUACGGUGACUCUCGCUGAUAAAAGCCCAAAAUGCAAGGAGGAAGACAGUCGGAGGUCUCCGUCUGCCCUGUCCUCCUCCAGACUGAUUUGCUUCAUCACGUUGUUGCUCCUAGGAGUCACGGCUUCUCUUUUCCUGGGGCUGACCAUCUGUCUGUGGGUGCGUCUGUCAGUCCGGCAGGAGCAGGACAGACAGAGGAGCAUGGCACAGAGAAAGUCUACGCCAGGAAGAGACCCGAAGGACCUUUGGGUGGCCCACAUGUCCUCCAUGGAGGAGAGCGUGGAAUUCUGGUAUGCCAGCGGCUCGGACAUAGGGCAACACGCCACGACACACAACAACACAGCCGGGAAGGGGAGCGAGAGAGAGGGGCAAGGGAGGGGAGAGAAAGAGAGCAGGACGGUCAAAGGGAUGGAGGGUGAGAGCCUGUGGAUUCAGCCCAAAGUGACUGUCAAAGACAUAAACGAUUUCUGGUACUCAAAUGGGAGACUGACACCAGAGGAGUUCACUCAGCAAACGUGAGGAGGCGGUGGCGAGUUACUGUUGGUUCAGGUUGAAUUAGACCAAACCACCAGUCCCAGCAACUGGCUUGUGGUCUUCACAGGAAACAGAGCGAUCACAAUACAUGACAGACUUUUGCGAUAUGCCCACUUGAUUUUCUGCCUUAAAGUGGCUCGAAGACUCUCACCUAAAUAAACAUGUGUUAAGUUACAGUAUUUGGCUGCAUAAGCGGCUAAAAGGGUCUAGGUGGAUUACGGUAAUGUGGUGGAUGAACUAGUCAGCGCUUUCCAAAGUGACUCCUGGGAAGCGUGUGCCAAAAAAGACCGCAGUCACGAUCUUCGAGGUUUUCACAAGUAAACAGAAAUAUAUUUAGUUGACAUAGAAAGGUGUGUUUAUGAUAUACUCAUUAUGGAAAGCCACUGAGAAAUAUGAACAGCGCAUGAGUCUGUCAUUUUUGCUGCUAUUUAUAAUGUAUGUGUACACUUACCUUUAA